AUGUCUGGAAUCCUCGGCAGCGCCAUUACUCCAUGUCCAUCGAGAUCGAGGCUCACCGGCUACGGAGAUCACAGUGGCAGCGAUACGUUUGACAGUUUGAUUGAUGGCGACACAGAAUGCGAGAAUACGGGACAGGUUGACUUUACUACCGAAAUACGUAUGCCGACAAUGAGUGGGGUGCGGCCUCGACGUGCUAAUCGAGCGGGCUCUGGGUUCCAAAUCCAUGACGAGGGAACAGAGAAGCCACCCGGGCCUGCUGAGAAAAGGCAGAGACCGAAUGGAACAAGACUACCUUCCGACCGCAAAUCGUCUUUGCUUGCCCAGCCUGCGCAAAGAUUUCGCCCCAAGGUCGGAUUUGCUCCAAAACAAUCCCAGACUGUGAAUGUGAAAUAUGAGACGGAAACCCAGCGAAGACCUGAACAACUCGACUCGAAUCCUAAGGCGCAACCUUCCCGUAGGACGGACUCAGCCGCAAAAGAGAUAACAGAAAGCCAACCCGAUUAUAGUCUCAAGAAAAAUGUGCGACGGAACACUCUUUACAUCCCACCAGGGGACGCAACCGUGCCUAGCGUAUUCAUGGGACUGUUCAGUCCUUUGAAGAAACAACCAGGUACGACUCAGUCGCAAAUUAUGCAUGACACACAAAUCAACUCCCUUGAGGAGCGGAUGGCACAUCGUCAGGCUAGAAAGUCAUUGGCUGUAGGUGCACGAAAGGCCCCGCUGCAACCUAGUAGAAAAAUUGCGCAGGAAGCUGCAUCGAGAAUGGAUGUGGCCGGCAAAAACGGAGGAAAAGAGAAUAUACCUCCUGGCACGCUAUUCGGCAUUGAGAAAAAGACCGAUGUUCAAACUAAGCCGCUCAUCAAACCUCGAAUCAGCACCAUGUCAUCCUCGAAACCAAAUCCUACUUCUCACACUGUUCGAUCGGCUGAACUUGCUCCAGUGGCUCCCAAACAGCCUCUUCCAAAGCGGAGUGUACUAGGAGAAAAGCAGAAUAACACGAAGCGUCCCGCAGCGUCCAGUGGUCAAAAUACGAUGGCUAAGUCAAGAGGGCCACCCCAAAGUGCAUCACUCAACGCUCGCGCGUCAGCACUUUCCGAUCACCGCAGUCGGCCUGGGUCAAAUCCUGCUUCAAGUCUUCAUUCUGCAACUUUGAAACUAAAAGAGCUCAAUCAUGAACAUCCAAAGCUGAGCGAGGAUAUACAAAAGCCUGCACUUUAUGAAGAUGAUUGGCUCUCACACCAGGAGACUGUGAUUACUCAAUUGGUCAAUGCUUUGUUCGAGUGCUCUAUUAGUGAUUUGACUUUUCAUGAUCAAGAUUGCCUUCGGUUGGAGCUUCUCGAAAUUUACCAUACCGAUAACUUUAUUCAGCUGUACAAAAGGCUACAAGCUUCAUUGUCUUGCGGUGCCCUCAGCAUUCCCAAGCAUGCGCUUGCUCGCAGCAGCCGCCUCAGACAAGACGUUGGCCUUCGCCGCAAGUUCCUUGAUAUCUGGAUUCACUCAUACGAUCUCCAUAUCUUGGCUGCUGCUGCGGAGACAGUCAUUGGUCGAAAGGUCUGCAAUGAUAUUGACUUGUCCCAGAAAACGAUGAAAGCUGAGACUAGUGCAAGGUGCACAAAAGCCAUUGUUCGCAAGCUGGAAAACUUCCUGUGCACUUUCCUGCUGCGCAACGAAGACCUCGAUCAGUCCUUGCUGCAUGCCAACGAGAUCUCUACAGAAGCCCAGGCCAAGGUAUAUCGUCGCACUGUGCUCCGAUGCAUCAUGCUGGUUGCCCUCCUAGACCACGCAAAACAGUUUUUGGGCCCCAGUCUUCCCCGUCGGCUUUUUGUGCCCUCUUCUCCUCUGAAAUCUUCAAUUGAUGUACUUCAAGCACUGACACGAGUGUUGUUGCCAUCUUGUGGUGAUAUUUCGAAGCCAUUGAGUCACCUCGGUUGCCACUUAUCUUACCAUCAACAUCAGCUACUUGAGUACAACUACCAAAUGGACAAUAUUGCUGUGGAUCUCAGAGAUGGCAUCCGGCUUACUCGAAUCGUCGAACUACUUUUCAUUACUCCGAGCCACACUCGACGUGACACUGGAGAUCAGACUGGAGUUACCUUGAACACUGGUGAGGCUCUUUCUCUACUUGGCGACCAUGCAGAUGUUCCUCUUUCGAAGCAUCUCAAGUACCCAAGUAUCAGCCGCGCAGCCAAAGUCUUCAAUGUCCAGCUAGCUCUAUCUGCUUUGGAAUCUGUCAAGGGCUCCAGUGCAAUCGUGGACAAGGUGCGAGCUGAGGAUAUAGUUGACGGGUAUCGUGAAAAGACAAUUGCUCUCUUGUGGGCUCUCGUUGGAAAACGGGGCUUAUCAGGUCUUGUCGAUUGGGAUGAUAUCAAUACAGAGAUUUCCCGGUUAAGACGCAAAGCUCUUUUGCAGUUUGGCCAGAAGCAAGUAAAAUACGAAGCUUGGUUUACUGGUGAACAAUUCAGUGAUGUUGAUCAACAUGAACAACUUCUUCGUCACUGGGCUGGGCUCUUGGCUGGUCUGAAAGGUCUUCAGAUUAACAACUUGUCAACCAGUUUUGCCAAUGAACGGAUCUACGAAAGUAUUGUCGACGAAUAUGAGCCCUACAUUACCGGCAACCAAGACUUGCAAGCAAACGGGCGAUCUGCUUCCAUGUCUUUGGAGAAACGCCUCGGGCUACUAGGCUGCAGCUCGCAAUUUGCACACCUUGUCUCUCCUAGUUCAAGAUCUUCGCAUGUGCUCAGUCCAGACUUUACACUCGGUGCACUCACCUUUCUUUGCUCCCGACUGCUUUCGAGCUCAAAGCGUGCUCGCGCCGCGACUGUCUUGCAACGUGCAUGGCGAGCACGCCUGGAAGACCGCGCUUGCGUACGCCGCAUGAUGGCAAAGAACCUUGCCACGCAUUGCGCCGCCGUUGUCCAGACCAGAAAUAAAAUCAUGUGGGCAAAGGAUGUGAUCAUUCGAUGGUGGAGACAGGUCAGAUCUCGAAACCUGGAAACUGCCGCGCGGCCUCGGUCUUUGCACAAGUCUGGUCAUAGGAUCGCCGGCGUCCUGUGA